CCGGGACAGCCUUCAAGAAAAUGGGCCUGACGGAUGACGAGGACAUCAAGCUCAUGCUGAAGGGCUCUCUGCUCUGGAAGAUCAAGGCGCCGCAGGCCAAGGAGCGCCUGUACCGCUUGCAGGAGGACGGCAUGACCAUCUGGUUCGAGCGGCGCUUCCGGCACGCUCGCUCCAAGCACAUCUUCUCCGUGAUGCACAUCGAGGGCGUGCGCCCGGGGCGCCAGUCCGAGGGGCUGCGCAAGUUCGGCGGCUCCUUCCCCGAGGGGCACUGCUUCACCAUCGUCUUCAAGGGCAAGCGGAAAAACCUCGACCUGGCUGUGCCGGGCGGGGCAAGCCCCCGGGCGCUUUCCUUAGCCGGGUGCAGCUGGAUCCACGAUAUCCUGCGGCGCGCGGACAAGAACCGGGACAACAAGAUGUGCUUCGGCGAGGUCAAGGACAUGCUGCGAAUGAUCAACAUCGACAUGAACGAUGUCUACGCCUACAAGCUCUUCAAGGAGUGCGACAGGUCGGGCGACGGGCGCCUGGAGGAGCGCGAGCUGGAGGAGUUCUGCCGGCGCCUGCUGCGGCGCCCGGAGCUCGAGGAGCUUUUCCGGCGCUACUCGGGCGAGGACUGCGUGCUGUCAGCCGAGGAGCUGCGCGACUUCCUGCGCGACCAGGGCGAGGAGGCCACCCGGCGGCGGGCGCGCGCCGUCAUCCACACCUACGAGCUCAGCGAGAAAGCCAAGCAGCAGGAUUUCAUGAUGCUUGAUGGCUUCAUGAUGUAUCUGCUAUCCGCCGAUGGGGACAUCCUCAACCAGGAGCACACCAAGGUGCACCAGGACAUGAACCAGCCCCUGUGCCACUAUUUCAUCUCCUCCUCCCACAACACCUACCUGACCAACAACCAGAUCGGCGGCACCAGCAGCACUGAAGCCUACAUCAGAGGUUCUUCCUUCCUCCUGCAGCAGCUGAAAGGGAAGGUCCUGGUGAAAGGGAAGAAGCUGCCGGACCUGCAGCAUAGGUCACUUCGCUCUCUGCAGGAGAUCAAGCCAUUGCAGGCCAAGGAGGCCUCUCAGGUGGCCCCGGAGCUCUCCUCCGUGGUGGUGUACUGCCAAGCUGUGCACUUCCCCGGCCUGGCCCGGGCCCUGCGCGACCCACGGCCCUGCGAGAUGUCGUCCUUCAGCGAGAGGAAGGCCCGGAAGCUCAUCAGGGAGGCAGGCAAGGCCUUCGUGCGCUACAACGCCCGGCAGCUCAGCCGCGUCUACCCACUGGGACUCAAGAUGAACUCCUCCAACUACAACCCCCAGGAGAUGUGGAACGCGGGCUGCCAGAUCGUGGCCCUCAACUUCCAGACGCCGGGCUACGAGAUGGACCUCAACGCCGGGCGCUUCCUGGGCAAUGGGCGCUGCGGCUACGUGCUGAAGCCCGUGGCCCGCGUGCGCUUCGUGGUGCUCGACUAUGCCCCCGCCUCCUGCAACGACUUCGUGGGCCAGUUCACGCUGCCGCUGGGCAGCAUGCGCGAAGGCUACCGCCACAUCCACCUGCUCUCCAAGGACGGCGCCUCGCUGGCGCCCGCCACGCUCUUCGUGCACGUUAAGUGCAAGCGCCUGUGA